AUGAAGACUACUUGGAAGGAUAUUGCGCCUGUGCCCACCAACCAGGAAUUCCUGGACAUCGUCCUCAGUCGUACCCAGCGCCAGCUUCCCACACAAAUUCGUGCUGGUUUCAAUAUCAGCCGUAUCAGAGGUUUCUACACCCGUAAGGUCAAGUACACCCAGGAGACCUUCUGUGAGAAGUUCCAGGCUAUUCUCGAUGGAUUUCCUCGUCUCCAGGACAUUCAUCCCUUCCACAAGGAUUUGAUGAACACCCUCUAUGAUGCCGACCACUUCCGUAUUGCUCUCGGUCAGGUUUCGACCGCCAAGCAUCUGAUCGAAACUGUUUCCCGUGAUUACGUCCGUCUUAUCAAGUAUGCGCAAUCGCUGUUCCAGUGUAAGCAGCUGAAGCGUGCUGCGCUCGGUCGCAUGGCCACCAUCUGCCGUCGCCUCAGGGAUCCCCUCGUCUACUUGGAGCAGGUCCGCCAGCAUUUGGGUCGUCUCCCUGCUAUCGACCCUAACACCCGCACUCUGCUGAUUUGCGGUUACCCCAAUGUCGGUAAGUCCAGUUUCUUGCAAAACAUCACCCGCGCCGAUGUCGAUGUCCAGCCCUAUGCUUUCACCACCAAGUCGCUCUUCGUCGGUCACUUCGACUACAAGUACCUGCGCUUCCAGGCUAUUGAUACCCCCGGUAUUCUCGAUCACCCUCUGGAGGAGAUGAAUACCAUUGAAAUGCAGUCGAUCACCGCCGUUGCUCACUUGCGCUCUGCUAUCCUCUACUUCAUGGAUCUUUCCGAGCAGUGCGGUUACUCCGUCACCGAUCAGAUCAAGCUCUACCACAGCAUCAAGCCUCUGUUCGCCAACAAGAUUGUGUUCAUUGUCAUUAACAAGGUUGAUAUUCGCCGCCCCGAGGAUCUGGAUCCCGAGGAGCAAGAGCAACUGCAGAACAUCCUCAAGGCGGACGAUGUCGAGCUUCUGCAGGCUUCUUGCACCACCACCGAGGGUGUGAGUGCCGUUAAGAAUGCUGCUUGCGACAAGCUGCUCGCUGAGCGAGUGGCCCAGAAGCUCAAGACCGGCUCCAACACCGCCGCCGACACCCCUGGUGGCCGUCUGGGCGAUGUGCUGGCCCGUAUCCACGUUGCCAAGCCCAUGGGCGGCGUCACCCGGGAGACCUUCAUCCCCGAGGCCGUCAAGAACCUCAAGAAAUACGACAAGAGCGACCCCAACCGCCGGACAUUGGAGCGCGAUCUGGAGGAGGAGCAAGGUGGUGCCGGUGUCUACAGCUUCGAUAUGCAGCGCGACUACACCCUGGCCAACCCCGAGUGGAACCACGACAAGAUUCCCGAGGUGUGGAACGGAAAGAACAUCUACGACUUCGUGGACCCGGAUAUCGAGACAAAGCUGGCUGCUCUGGAGGAGGAGGAAGAGAAGAUGAAGGCCGACGGCUACUACGAUUCGGACGAGAGCGUCGAAGACGCCGAGGAUGCCGACAACCGUAUGAAGGCCAGCCUGAUCCGCGAGAAGCGCGUCCUUAUGAAGAACGACUCCAAGAUGCGCAAGUCGCUCAAGAACCGCGCCCUCAUCCCCCGCAGCGCCAAGGCCAAGAGGCUGUCGCAAAUGGAGCGUGCGCUCGACUCCGCUGGUUACGAUGUGGAUGCCGCUGGCAGCCGCGCCCGUUCCCAGAGCCAGUCCCGUGGCCGGACCUUGACUCGCAAUGAUGAUCACGAGGAUGAUGCUAUGGACAUUGACGACCCCCACAAGGCCAUUGCUCGCGCUAAGAGCCGCGCUCGUAGCCAGCCUGCUACUGACAGACGUCUUGACGGUGUUACUUCGGCUACUAACAAGGAGAAGGCUGAGCGCAUGUUCAAGCUGGGCCAGAAGGGGAUGAACCGCAUGGCUCGUGCUGGUGAGGCCGAUCGUCACACCACCGCCGCUCUGCCCAAGCACUUGUUCGCCGGAAAGCGCGGUAUGGGUAAGACCCAGCGCCGUUAA